UUGGUAGCGUCUCCGUCCAAAACACCAAACAAAACCGCGCACACUCCCUCUUCAUCAACAAAUACUUGCUACUCCGCCGGUGUCAUCACUCUCACCGUCGCCUGCAUAAUCAAAAGCGCUUUCGGUUGCGAGUGAGUGUGAAUUGUAUCGAUUUGGAUGCAAAUAAGAGAUGCCGCCGAAGCAGCAAUCAAAAGUAGAUUUAGCAAAGAAGCAGAAGAUCGUAGAAGACAAGACCUUCGGGCUCAAAAACAAAAACAAGAGUAAAAAUGUUCAAAAAUAUGUACAAUCCCUCAAGCAAAACGUGCAACCCCAACCUGACCCCUCUAAACUCGCCGCCAAGAAAAAGAAAGAGGAAGAGAAGGCAAAAGAGAAGGAGCUAAAUGAAUUGUUUAAAGUUGCUGUUAGCCAGCCCAAAGUUCCUGUUGGUGUUGAUCCAAAGUCGAUAUUGUGCGAGUUCUUCAAAGUGGGGCAGUGCGCGAAAGGCUUCAAAUGCAAGUUCUCGCACGAUUUGAAUGUUCAGCGAAAAGGAGAAAAGAUUGAUAUUUAUAGUGACAAGCGCGACCAAGAAACAAUGGAGGAUUGGGACCAAGAGACAUUGGAGAAGGUCGUGGAGUCAAAGGGAAAAGAGUAUCAGCAGAAUAAACCUACUGAUAUUGUUUGCAAAUAUUUUCUUGAAGCAGUGGAGAAGAAACAAUAUGGUUGGUUCUGGGUCUGCCCAAAUGGUGGUAAAGAUUGCCAUUAUCGUCAUGCUCUUCCUCCAGGGUAUGUUUUGAAAUCUCAGAUGAAGGCUCUAUUAGAUGAAGAGGCAGAAAAGAUCUCCAUCGAAGAGGAGAUUGAAAAUCAGCGUGCAAAAACAACAACUUCAACCUCUAUGACUCCUGAGCUGUUCAUGCAAUGGAAGAAGAAAAAGAUGGAAGAAAGAGAUUUUGGUUUGGCUGCUCAGAGGGCAGAGAGGGCUAAGAAUGAUCGUAUGAGUGGUCGGGAGCUAUUUCUAUCAGAUGCCAGUGUGUUUGUGGAUGAUGCUGAGGCAUAUGAGAAAUAUCAAAGAGAGGAAGAACCUGAUGGUACUGAACAGAAGUUUGCCUCUGGGAUUCAGGUAAAUGAUAAAUCCACUGCUGAUGGACCGAGUACCUCAGCAGCAGCUGUUGGUGAUGCUGAAGAUCUUACUGAUGACGACGAUGAACUUGACAUGGACGAGUUAAAUGAGUUGGAGGCAAGUCUAUCAAAAACUUCAAUCCAAAUUCCAGAGCGCAGUGGCAGUCAUUAGUUUUGAGAGGCAGAGUCUAUGGUCUACAUGCCUUUUAAAUGUUGACUCCAUGAUCCUGCUGCGAAGGGAUUUGCAUUGCUGUUGCAUCGCUUGCAACCAUCUCACUAGUUGUCAAUGAUAUUUUCUGAGAUUAAUUGUAAGUUAUGAUCUCCCCUAAUCUGGGCUGGUACGUUUUAACAUGAUGUCCUUUAUUGUUGAUGUUAAAUCUUGCUUUUAGAUUCGUCCGCAAGUUUGUGCUUUUUGGCCA